AUGCCACCAAAGAAACAACAACUUGGAAAAGCUUUAAAACGUGCAAAUAUUAGAGAACGUCAACAACGUAGAAAACAAGAUCUUGAAAGUAGAAAACAGAUGGAAGGAAUUCAUGUUGAUGGGAAAGCUGGUUCACAGUCAGUUACUGAAGCAAGUGACUUACAAGAAUUAGUUGAUAAUGCAGCAGCUGUCAAUGAAGCAUUUGCAGUAGAGAAACAAUAUAAUGUUGUAUAUAAUAAGAAAGCAAUAACAACUGUUACAGAAAUGAGUAAUGAAGAAUUAGAAGAAAUCAGAAAGAAAUAUGCAUUAAUUGUUCCAAGAAGACCAGCUUGGACACCUGAUAUGACAGCAGAAGAAUUAGAUAGAAUUGAACAAAAAUCAUUUAUGGAAUGGAAGAAACAAUUAUAUGAAUUACAAAAUGAAAGUAAAUUAUUAUUAACACCUUAUGAAAAAAAUAUUCAAUUCUGGAGACAGUUAUGGAGAACUUGUGAACAGUCUGAUGUUAUAUUACAAAUUGUUGAUGGUAGAGAUCCAUUGUUUUAUUAUAGUACAGAUUUAGUUAAAUAUGUUGAAGAAUUAGAAGGAAGAAAAUGUGGUAUUUUAAUUAAUAAAGCAGAUUUAAUGACUGAUGAACAAAGAGCAAUGUGGUUGAAAUAUUUUAAUGAAAGGGGAAUUCGUGUUAUUUUUUAUUCAGCUUUAAAAGAAAAUAAAUUAGCUGAAGCUGCUAUAAAUAAAGAAGAAAAAGUUAGAAAAACCAGAAAGAGAAGAGGACAACAAGAAGCUUUUGAUUUAGACCAAACUCAAAAAGAAGAAAAAGAAAUUGAUAAACAUGAAAUAAAUGAAGAAAAAGAUAGUAGUAAAACUAUAGAAAAACAAAAAGAAAUUAAAGAACAAGUUAAAGAACAACAAGUUCCUUUCACAGAUGAUAAAAAUAUAGUUCAAUCUGAUAAUAAACAUUUAGGAAAUCAUGUAUUAAGUGCAAAUGAAUUAAUGGAAGAAUUAACAAGAUUAGUAAGUGAUAUUCCUUUAAGAGAUAAUAAACAAAGAAAAGUUAUUGGUUUUUGUGGAUUUCCAAAUGUAGGAAAAUCAUCAACUAUUAACUCAUUAAUUGGAAUUAAGAAAGUUGGAGUUACAAGUACUCCUGGUAAAACUAAACAUUUCCAAACAUUAAUAUUGAACGAUGAAUUAAUGUUAUGUGAUUGUCCAGGUCUUGUUUUUCCAUCUUUCUUGUCUUCUAAAGAAGAAAUGAUUUGUAGUGGUGUUUUACCUAUUGAUAGAAUGCAAGAUUGUCUUGGUCCAAUUGAUUUAGUAACAAGAAGAAUUUCACCAUCAAUUCUUGAAGCAUUUUAUAAAUUUAAAAUUCCAAAAGCAACCGAUUUUCUUCAUGACUUUAUUGAUUGUUUUGAGUCAAGAACUCCAUCAGAAGCAGAAUUAUUCCUAGCUGGAUUUGCUAAAAGUAGAAAAUAUUAUACUAAUACUCGUGGGUUAUUAGAUUAUCAUCGUGUAGCAAGAAUUGUAUUAAAAGAUUAUUGUUGUGGAAAAUUAGUUUAUUGCAAACCACCACCUGGAAUUACUGAUGAAGAAUUUAAAGCUUCAAGAAUAAACGAAAGUGAUUUGAUUGAUUAA